AUGAGGACCACAGCGCUCGCCUUGAGCCCCUGCUCCCAGUCAGAGACAUGCCGUAGGCCCAGGAAGGAUGGGGAGACCGCCUCAGACUCCUCAAGGUCCAGAGCUGAGUGGGAAGGCCGCAGAGCGUGCCCACCCUCCAUCCUGAGACACAGCCGGAGUGAGCGUCGCAGCCGUGGGGAGGAACCUCAGAGGAGCAGGAGGCACGUGAGGUUCCGAGAGCCGCUGGAGGCCGCAGUCCACUGUAAGGAGCGCCCUACAUUCAUCGGCUUCGUAAGGAACACCCCGAAACUAGGGGAGGGGAGCGGGGCUGGGUGCCAGCCCCGUGACAUGUUCUGGCAACAUCUGAGCCCCUCUGAGUCCUGCCCAACUGCCCACAAGAUGCCCUCCAGGACCCAGCCCACCCAGAUCCGCAGUGAACUCAGCAAGAGCUCCCCACCCCUGGCCAUGCCCACUCCCCAAGCUCCUAAAGCAGAGCUCAAAGACUGGGUGUGGGGAGGGAGGUUACCAAGCCUGGACCACCUGUGCUCCUGUGCCUGCCACACCUGUCUCAGGGGCUCAGAAUCCAUCCUGUUCUUAUCCCCAGACAUCGCCAGCAGGGACAGCCCCACCAUCAUCAGGGCACCCCACCCACCCACACCUCAUGGUGGUAGUUCUCUGCUCCUGCGACUUGCGGUGUGCAUCCUGCUCGUGAUGGCCCUGGGCCUGUGCUAUGGCCACACCAAACCCAUCUUGUUGGCCCUCGAGGACCUCCGGAACCGUGUCCUGGUCCUCACUCUGCGUCUGCGGCACGUGGCCCUCACUUGCUGGCGUUGUCUCCUAGAACUCUGA